UUUGACUCUGGAAGACGGGACACCCAGUCUGAGGGCGACCCGGCGAACAGCGCUGCUGUUUGGAUCUGCUGUUUGGUUUGGUUCUCCUCAGCGGACCGUCAUCCUGAAUGCUCGGGGGAAAUCCCGUCCAUCUGUGGUAAAUAAAAAAACUUGCGCGCAAACUGAAAUCGUUUCCCAGUUCGGUCCGCUGCGCGCAGGACGGAGAGGAUCCAGGAAUCUCCUCUCCUCUCCUUUGGACUCGCUCUCUGUGCCGCUGGGACCAAACGAAUCCUGCUCUGAAAGUCGCAAACACGUGGUCAGAAUUAGUUUAAAUUUGUGUUUGAAGAAUCGAUAGCGGCCGAACAGAACCGAGCCGGAGGGUGUGAGCUGCGGGAUAAUUGUCUCCUGCGCAGUUGGUGCGGUUUUCUCCCAGAUUAGGAUAAAAACACCCGACAGGAUUCCUGACAGUGUUUUCACUCUGACAGCCAAGCGGCUCACUUGUUGGACUGACUUUCCCGAGAGGUUCGGCUCUGAAGAACAACGUGUUUAUGGAUCUCUGCGCAGAGAGGAACUUCGGGAGUUGUUGGCUCUGCAGUUCGACAUCGAUCAUGUUGAUUCCCCGCGGUUGCUUUGUACUAUAAUAGAUGUUUACACAAAGUAUUAAGUGGUAUUUUAAAAGUGACCGUUCAGCUCAGACCAGCUCGCAUUGACCCCUGAGGACUGAGGGAAGCGCCUUUUAGCCCUUCCUCUUUUCUGUUUUCCUCCAAGACGUCAGGACGGAUCUCUACCGCGCACUCCGACUUCUUCUGUGAUUUAAACAGAGGCAAAGUGUUGGGGGAGAGCAUGGCAAUGGUAGUAAACCAGUGGCCAGAGAACAUUUCUGCAGAUCCGGGCUCCCAGCUGCAGAUGUGCGGCCAGGAACCCGGCGGGGGACCGGGGACUCCUAACGGUUCCACACCGGGGAACGACGCGCUUUCCGGGGAUAAGCUCCCCAACGUGGACUGCAUGGUGUGCGGGGACAAGUCCAGCGGGAAGCACUACGGCCAGUUCACCUGCGAGGGAUGCAAAAGCUUCUUUAAGCGCUCGGUGAGGCGGAACCUGACGUACACCUGCCGGGGGAACCGGGACUGUCCCAUCGACCAGCACCACCGGAACCAGUGCCAGUACUGCCGGCUCAAGAAGUGUCUCAAAGUCGGCAUGAGGAGAGAAGCUGUACAGAGAGGACGCACAUCGAACUCCCAGAGCAGCCCGGGUCAGUACCUGACCAACGGCUCCGACCCGUACAACAGCCAGCCUUACCUGUCGGGCUUCAUCUCCCUGCUGCUGCGCGCCGAGCCCUACCCCACGUCCCGCUACGGCGCCCAGUGCAUGCAGGGAAACAACCUGAUGGGCAUCGAGAACAUCUGCGAGCUGGCGGCUCGGCUGCUGUUCAGCGCCGUGGAGUGGGCCAAGAACAUCCCCUUCUUCCCCGACCUGCAGCUCAUGGAUCAGGUGGCGCUGCUGCGCAUGUCGUGGAGCGAGCUCUUCGUCCUGAACGCCGCCCAGUGCUCCAUGCCGCUCCAUGUGGCGCCCCUGCUGGCGGCCGCCGGCCUCCACGCCUCGCCCAUGUCCGCCGAGCGCGUGGUGGCCUUCAUGGACCACAUCCGUGUCUUCCAGGAGCAGGUGGAGAAGCUGAAGGCCCUGCAGGUCGACACGGCCGAAUACUCCUGCCUCAAGUCCAUCGUGCUCUUCACGUCAGAUGCCAUGGGGCUGUCUGAUGUCGCCCAUGUGGAGAGCAUCCAGGAGAAGUCCCAGUGUGCUCUGGAGGAAUAUGUGAGGAACCAGUAUCCCAGCCAGCCGAACCGAUUCGGGCGCCUGCUCCUCCGCCUGCCUUCUCUGCGCAUCGUCUCCUCGCCGGUCAUCGAGCAGCUGUUUUUCGUGCGACUGGUGGGCAAGACGCCCAUUGAGACAUUGCUCCGAGACAUGCUGCUCUCUGGCUCCAGCUACAACUGGCCCUACAUGCCCACAGUGCAGCGCGAGCGGCCGCUCUCGCUCCACUACAAUGAGAACGGACCCUGAGGCUCAGCAGCAGAGGAGAAGCUCAUCCUUCUUCCCUUCCCUUCCUUGUCCACUUUUCAGCUUUCCCCGAGGAAGCAUCUUCCUCACCAUUCCACCCUUGAGACUCUUGAAACGUUACCAUCCCGGUUACACAAGCCAGCCAAUUGUUCGUCAUUGUCGAUACAGAGACUCAAUGGCCUCUCCAAGUCCCUGAGCUGAUGGCGUGCAGUCUUUCUCUUUGAGACGUGGCAUGAGCUGGACGUGUUGCUGCACAGUUCACCAGCAGGUCUGAUGGACUCGCUUCAGAUGUCAGUUAUAAAACUGUGCAAACGUUUGCCUAAUUCUUGGUGCUAUGCCUGCAUUUACAGAGCAUGGCUGAACCUGAGCAGGGACUAUGCCAUUCGAACUCUGCAGCCAAGAGUGAGGUCUGAGUGUGUAUUUACUAAAUUUUGAAAAGCAAACCAGAAGCCAUUAAAAGAAGACAAAUGCCAAAAUGUCUUGAACUUUUGCAGAUGACGUCAUAUUGUGUGUUGUUUUAGCACUGUUUGUAUGGAGAGAUAACUCAUGAUUGUGUCCAUAUGUAUAGUAUAUCAUUGAUUCAUUGGCAUCUAAGGCAUCUUUGGGUUCACUGAAUUAAAAAGCUCAGGUUUCUAGGGGUGUGGGGGGUCAGACCAGCAGACAUGUCGGUAUUGGGCUCUGGUUGUUCUGCUCCUUUGUCACUUUGACCUUGUGCAGUUUUGGUCACAUCCUGCCCAGAUUUUCAUGGAGAAGAAAGGAAGUUGUCCUCCAUGGGCCUCUUCAUGUGUCUGUUUCGCUCUUCUGGUGAACACUUUGACCGCCGUAUAUUUAAAGUAAUCUUCUAUAUGAAUAUUUUCCAUUAAAGGUUGCAGAUAUUUUAUUUGGUUUGGUUAGAUGACAUAUUCUUCAUUUGUUUUCAGAACCAUAUCUGAAAAUUUCAGAAAAUGAAAAUGUCGUCAUUAAAUUCAGGGGUAUUAUGAGAUCAUGAUAUCUCAUAAUAUUGAAACAGAAUUAUAUAUUUUUAAAUAUUUGAAAUCCUGUCAGGUUGCAGUCAGUAGGAGUUUAUUUGUAAAAAGAAGAUUAAAGAUUAUUUGCCACUUAUCAGUCAUAUGAAGAAACGAGUCUGAUCCACAGGUGUUUCAACGAAGUACUGAGAAACUAUUGGUGACAUUGGAUCGCAAUUUGCAGCUCACAGUUCACCAUUUACAAGUGAUGCAUAUAUUGCACUUGACCGUCUCUAGUUCAAAACCAAGUAUACUAUUAAAAUACUUAAAAUGGUCAAACUGGACCUGGAUAAUCCUUUAAACACAGGCGCUGAAUUAUUUUAAUCAGCAGUUCUUUAAAAUCCAUUUGCCAUCUGCAAAACUUUUACUAUAUUUGUAACUGACAAAACGUAGCAAUUCCACUACUAUUCUUCAUCAUGACCUCGUUCAUUUGGUUCCUGAUGAGUUCCUGAUUUCCUCAUAAAUGUUGUAAACAUCUCAUCACAGAAUGUUCCUGUAAUCUAAAUACCGAGUGUCAUCUAGGUGGUUUUUACCUGCAUUGUGUUUCUUCUCAUGAUGAGAAAAACUAAUAUUUUAUCAUCAUUCUUUGAUGCAUCUGAUUUGCAGUUUGGAAACCAGAUUGCCAGGGACAUAACAAAAUGAUGCACCAUUUCUAAGAUAGUCGCAUAUGAAGCAUAGAUGAGCCACUUUUACUUUUAAUUUAGCAGAAAUGAAUGAAUAACAUCCAUUUGGAAACUUUAAUCUCAUUUUAAACUUUGCAUAUUUUCUGUCAGCAUUGAUGUUUCUCUCACCUGGCCUGAUGAACACCUGGAGCGGCUCCAACUGACUGCAACCUGACCAAUGUUUUUGAUUAAUUCAGCUGUUAAAUCUUUGGCCCACUCAUAAAAGUAUCCACAUUUUAUCCUCAAAUAAAUGCUGUGAUGUCUACACAAAAGACGGCUGCACCAACAAAUCUAUACGUAUGCAAGCAUUUCUUACAAACUGAAUUCUCACGAGGAACAGAAAAAAGUACGAGUGAUUAAUGGAAGUAGGCAUGGAUGAAAAGGGAACCGUAGGAGAGGAUUGGCAGCAGAGCAGCCAGAGCCCUCAGUUAUAGCACAAGAACAAAAACACAAACCCAACAAAUUUCACACUUAGGAGCAACCUGUGCCAAAGCAGACAUGCAUUUAGUUUGGAAUAAAUUCAUGUCAGUUAAAAAAGCAAAUGCAACUUUUUGGUUUGUCUUUAAUUUGACUACAAUUGUUUGGAUUCUCAGGUUCUGCGAAUCACUUUAUAAAAUUUAAAAGAAAUAAAUUAAAGCUUUGGCACUUGCAUUGAGAUCUUGUCAGACUUGACACUUAUUCACACUUGUUAAAUCUCAGCACUAGUGGAAUAUUUCUACCCUCAACCCAUUUGAUGAAAAUGCAUAUUUACUUUUUUAAAAGAUUCACUAGAACUCCCUCGUUGAUGCUGCCACAGGAGGCGGAAACCCCAUACAUGUGUUUUUCUUUUUUUGUAAUGAUUGUCAGUAUUGGACCUUUUAGACUUUAGGCAGGAAGUGAGUGUUUGGGAGGCAAUUUACAGAAUUAGCUGUACUUGCCUUAGAACAAAGAUUUGUCACUGAGCAUUUAUCUUAUGACUGUGCCAUAAUCUCUCGUUACCUGUUAUAACAGGUAUUAUGUUCUGUCAGGAGUGGAAAGAAGCUCACAUGAUGCUGAAAUGGAACGUGCAUUUUCAAAAAAGACAUGUAUAUACGGAUUGUCUUUAUGCAAUAAUUAGACAUUAAAAAAAACUCACAAUAGGAUUUUUUUGCUUCGACAUCAACAGCACUUUUAGUUUUUAGACAUCAUGCAAGUUAUUUUUCCACUUCCGGGUGAUAUUGUUGUGUAGGGAAAAGCCCCUAAACUCAUGUCAUUUGAGAGCUUAUCAUGUGGAGUAAUGUAUCACUAACCUCUGAAAACCUCAGUCUAUGUUGCAACACUAUCCCUGUGGGACUUAGGACUGUGUCUAAUGUAGGAAUACUUUAAGUUUUUAUUAUUUUUCCUUUGUCCUUUUGUUGGAAAAACUUUGUUUAUGUCACAUUUCCAACACGACAGCGUAGUAUCGACGUCAAGCAUCAGUGUUGGAAAAGCCAUCAGGGACCUGAGAAAGUUGUGUUGGUCAAUAAAUCCACAGAAAGUUUCUAAGAGUUUGUUUUUAUCCCUUUUGCUUGGAAAUAUUGAUUAUCCAAUAAUUGAAAUAAAGUUUUGUUCACACUAA